AUGUUUUAUUCACACCAUCAAGAAAUUAAAAGAGUCGCUUCUAGUUUCGAAAACGCGCAUUACACUAUUUUGGAAAUUCUGGAUGACACGGAAAACGAUGAAUCUGAGCUUCAAGAACGUUUUGAUGAAAUGUACUACAAGGUUAUAUCGAUUUACCGUGGCUUAAACAAUAAUGAACCAACUUCUCCGUCGCGACGUAGCUCGUUUUCGAAUGUGCGGUUACCGAAAAUACAGCUUCCUACUUUCGAUGGAGACGUUAAACGUUUUCCUGAAUAUUUCGAUACUUUUAACGCGUUGAUACAUAACUCCACGUCGCUCAGCAACUCUGAAAAGUUCCAUUAUUUAGUAUCUUCGCUUAGCGGUGAUGCUAUGACAGUAGUAAAAACGUUCCCGCUUAGUAGUGAAUAUUACUGCGAUGCAUACGAUGCUCUUGUCGCACGAUAUAAAUGUAAACGCGAGUUAGCCUUCACAUACCUACACGUAUUAUCGAAGAUAUGUGGCGAUCAACCUAUCGCAAAUCUAAAUACAUCUGGUUGGUCUCAUAUUAAAGCAUUGCCUUUAGCUGAUCCUGGUUUUGAUAUUCCGGGAUCCAUCGAUCUUCUGUUUGCUGCAGAUGUAUUCGCUGACUCGUUACUUAAUCAACAAAUUAAAGGAGGUCCGAGUCAACCUACUGCGUUCAAUUCAAUUUUCGGUUGGCUACUUUUGGGCAAAACACGCAUAGCUACAACGACGAUGCUACAAACGCUAGAAACAGACUGUGAAUUAAAUUCAUUAGUACAGCGUUUUUGGGAAUUGGAUUCUUUGCCCAAAACGCCAAUCUGGACUCCAGAGGAAUCGCUUUGUGAGCAAAAAUUUAUAUCGGAUCACACGCGUGAUGACAGUGGACGGUACAUAUUAUGCUUACCGUUUAAAGACGACUCUGAACCAAGUUUUAUUGGAUCCCGUGACGUGGCACUAAGAAGAUUCCAUGCUAUAGAACGUAGACUAUCGCGAGAUUCAGAUUUACAUAGCCAAUAUUUAGACUUUAUGUCUGAUUAUAUCAAAACCGGACAUAUGUCGCUAGUUCCUGCUGACGAAAUGGAAAAGGGAAAAUACUAUAUCCCCCACCAUAGUGUAUUACGCCCUGAUUCUGCGACCACGCGACUCCGUGUCGUUUUUGAUGCGUCGGCCAAGGAUUUUAAUUCGCGCUCGCUAAACGAUACGCAACUUAUUGGCCCAAAACUGCAACCUAAUAUUCUCGAAAUACUUUUGCGCUUCCGCGAACAUAACAUCGUGUUCAUGGCUGACGUCCGUCAGAUGUACCGACAAAUUUUAAUUGCUCCGAAUCAUCGCGACUAUCAACGCAUAUUCUGGCGAGCUUCACCUCAUGAACCUCUCAAAGAGUAUCGCCUAAAUACCGUGACAUAUGGUGUAGCUUCUUCUCCUUUUCUCGCAUGUCGGUCGUUGCAACGACUUGCCGAAGACGAGGGAGAGUCCUAUCCAAUCGCAAAACGGAUACUAUUAUCGGACGUUUAUGUUGAUGACGUGGUUACAGGGUGCGCCUCGCUGCAGGACGCGCAACAAGCAAAAUCACAAAUUAUUGCCCUCUUCAAUCGAGGAUGUUUCCAACUAAGAAAAUGGGUCAGUAAUAAGUCAGAACUUUUGUCCGACCUUCCAGCAGAAGUCUGUUUAACCGGCACCGUCUCACUUGACGAAUCCGAUUCAAAAACCUUAAAGGUUCUAGGUUUGAAAUGGGACCCGACAUCAGAUUCCUUUCUCUUUGAAAUUAAAGCGAUAGACCGGAUUUGCACAAAACGAUCAAUCUUAAGUGAAUUGGCUAGAAUAUUCGAUCCCCUCGGUUUCCUAUCCCCGGUAACUAUACAUGCUAAAUCUCUUAUACAAAAACUGUGGAUCCUGGGCAUUGGUUGGGAUCAAACCCCACCCGACGAGGUAAUUCGAGCUUGGAAUACAUAUCAAACUCAACUAUUACAAUUAUCUCAACUUAGAAUCCCACGCAAGAUAACUUGUGAAAACGUCCGAUCAUACGAAUUACAUGGUUUUGCCGAUAGUUCCGAGACAGCAUACGGUGCCGUGAUCUUCUUAAGAGUAACAGAUGCGAAAGGUCAGGUUCGCGUGUUUCUAGUGUGCUCAAAGGCGAGGGUAGUCCCUUUGAAACGUAUAUCACUACCUCGAUUGGAGCUUUGCGCAGCCGUGCUUUUAUCGGAUCUAUACCUAUUCGUUCGCGAUUCUUACCUUUCUCGUAUUUCAUUUGAUGCGACUUAUUUCUGGUCAGACUCAACUGUAGUCUUGUCGUGGUUGCGUUCUCCUGCCACCCGGUGGGCUACAUUUGUUGCAAAUCGCGUCAGUCACAUACAGAGUAUCACUACUAUAGAAUGUUGGCAUCACAUAUUGUCAGGUGACAAUCCUGCAGACAUUUGUUCAAGGGGUCAAUUUCCUAAUGAAAUUUUACAUAAUUCGUUAUGGUGGACGGGGCCGCAGUGGUUAUCACAAGAUCGCGACUCCUGGCCAUCCAGUUUAGGAACAACAUCCCCCGAUGAAGGAGUGAUUGUUAACAUGGAAGCACGGAAAUUGGUUGCUUUAGUUACUGAAUUACACAACAGCGAAAGGAUCGAUGAACCUACCGUCAGUUUUGGAUUAUUUCUGCUAAACGAGCAAUCCGUAACUGUUUAUCCAAAUGCGUGCAUUGCUAUCGGACAAACCCAAAGCCCGUUCAACCGCCUAUGA